AUGCUUGCUCGUCUUCAGAGAUCCUUACCAUUCAUCCCAUUUCGCUAUACUCGCCAGCUCUCGACAACACCGCGAAGUUCGUUCCUAGAUGGGCAGGCGAACGAUAUAGAUGACUUGCUAAUCGAAAAAUCCGCUACGACGCCCGAACCCGGUUCUGAACCUCCUCAGGAAACCGACUCAUUAGUACCUCCGUCAGUAUCACGCCCGUCAAAUGGACUAUCAUAUGCUGGUCUCCCGGAGCACAAAAUUUUCCUCGAUAUCCCACCAGAACAAGAUCCUCUCAUCCGAUACCUCGCCUCCUCACUCCUACGCGAUGGCCGAAGACAUACAGCCGAAAAGCGCGCGUCUCGAGUCCUUCUCUACCUCCACACCCUAACUCGCGCGGAGCCUCUCCCGCUUCUCCGCAAAGCCAUCGAACGUGUUAUGCCUACUGUACGAGUUGCGCGUCACAGACACUCAACGAAGGAUGUUCAGAUCCCUAUUGCGUUGAAUGAGAAACAGCAGGUACGAUAUGCUGUUAAGUGGAUGCUUAAAGCAAGUGAUUUUCGGGGGGGACGGACGGUGGAGGAGAGGCUCGCGAGGGAGAUUGUGCAGGUUUUGAGUGGAAGCAGUACUGCGUUGAGGCAGAAGGAGACUUUGCACCAGCUUGCGACAGUCAAUCGUGGUAAUAUUCCAGCUGGGAGGGCAUCAUUAUAACCCGACUAUUUUUUCUUGCACCCUCCACUCUUGUGCUGCCUUAAUCAAUGCAUUUAGUAAUUAUCAUAAAUAUGAAAAG